UCUAGACAACUAUCCCCUCUUCUUCAGUGACACUCAACUGUCUCCCUCAUCUACCCUGGAUAUCCUCAGUCUGCCCUUUACUCAUAAUCUUAACUGGAAACUUCACAUCUUAUCUCUUGCUAAAACAUCUUCUAUGAAGUUAGGCAUUCUGAGGUGUCUCUACCAGGUUUUUUUACACCUCCAUCUGCUAACUCUCUACAAGGGCCUUAUCUACCCUUUGCGAGGAUGUCGUCCAGGCAAAACAGUACAGAUGACAGAAGCUGAGGUGCGUGGCCUGUGCCUCAAGUCUCGAGAGAUAUUCCUCCAGCAGCCCAUUCUUUUGGAGUUGGAAGCACCCCUAAAAAUUUGUGGAGACAUACAUGGCCAAUAUACGGAUCUUCUUCGGCUCUUUGAGUAUGGGAGCUUUCCACCUGAGUCCAAUUACCUGUUUCUCGGAGACUAUGUGGACCGAGGAAAACAGUCCCUGGAAACUAUUUGUCUUCUCUUGGCAUACAAAAUUAAAUAUCCUGAGAAUUUCUUCCUCUUGAGAGGAAACCAUGAGUGUGCCUCCAUAAACAGGAUCUAUGGAUUUUUUGAUGAAUGUCGCCGCAGGUAUGGCACCAAGUUGUGGAAGACGUUCACAGAUUGCUUCAACUGUUUACCAAUUGCUGCAAUAAUUGAUGAGAAGAUAUUUUGUUGUCAUGGUGGAUUAAGUCCAGACCUGCAGAGUAUGGAACAGAUCAGACGCAUUAUGCGUCCCACUGAUGUGCCUGACACUGGCCUAUUGUGUGACCUAUUGUGGUCUGAUCCAGACAAAGAUGUAUCAGGCUGGGGAGAGAAUGACCGUGGUGUAUCAUUUACAUUUGGUGCAGAUGUGGUGACAAAAUUCUUGAACCGACAUGACCUGGAUCUCAUAUGUCGAGCUCAUCAGGUUGUGGAGGAUGGAUACGAAUUCUUUGCUAAGAGACAAUUGGUGACACUCUUCUCGGCUCCAAACUACUGUGGCGAGUUUGACAAUGCUGGUGGUAUGAUGUCUGUGGAUGAGACACUUCUCUGCUCCUUCCAGAUCCUGAAACCUUCAGAGAAGAAAGCAAAAUACCAGUAUAGUGGCCUCAACCAGGGUGGAUCCAAUCCUUCCAGCCGGCAGCAGCGGCAACAGCAACAGAAGUAGUAAUGCGUAUUUGUUUACCAAAUACAUGCCACACCUGCUGCAGCUGUGUGUGUGUGUGUAGGUGUGCAUGUGUGUUCGUGUGUACUCACACGUCAGCUUUUAUUUGUGUGCAAAAAAAAGUGUGCAUGUGUGCAGCUGAUACAUUCUCCGUCCUGUCUGUCUAUAUGGGCAAGUGUGUUGCAAACAGCAUAUACAUCGUAUUUGUAGCACAAAGAUAAACAGAGUAAGUAACUAGGGAAGAAACAACAGACUUCCGAUUAUCAGCUUUUGUCAAAAUGAUACUACUAAUAAUGUCAGGGAUGUGUGUGCAUGUGUGUGUGUGCAUUUGAGUGAAAGGGUGAGAGACAGACAAAUGCAAGCAAACAGACAGACAGAAAGGUGAUUGUGGCACUGUAAUAAUUAAUUGAAUAUAUUGAAUCUACUGAUAAGUACAUUGAAUGCAUGAUUAAUAGAAAAUUCAUUCAUUCAGGUAUCUAAGAUUAUAUAUUUACUGAAAUGGCUUAAUUCUGAUAGAUUAAACAAUAAAAUUUUCAUUGAUUAGAAGAGAGAGAGAGAGAGAGAGAGAGAGGAUGCACCACAAGAAUAGAAAUAUGGUUAGAGUGACAGGAGAAAGAAUUCUACGAGGAAAGAAAAUAAGUAUUUCAUUAGUAGUAUGGUGACAGUAAGAAUUGUGAGAAUAGAAAAAAAAUCACCAUGAAAGCAUUUAACAUUAAUAAGUGCAGAUGAAAAAGGAUGUGAAGCAAUGAAAUUUGGGUUUUUGAGCAACACAGGUUACAUACUGUACUGAGUGAUGAUUGAAGUAUAAGCAACUUAUGCUUUUCACAUGAAUAGAAAUCCAUCUGAUGGCUACAAAAUGUAUACAGGAAAGUCUUCAAAGGAUUUCACUAUUUCACAGGGUCAAAGAUACUACAAAUUUUCUAAAAGAAUUAUUAAAAGUCUACCUUACCUCUUGGAUGCUGAAGAUUACAUUUUCAUAGGUGUAUCCUAAACCCCAUAGAAAGUCAUUUAUGCACAACAUUAAUCUGAACUUCUGUAUAUGUCCUUUCAGUGUAAUGUACGAAUUAUACAGAGAGUAACAAAUAAACAAAAGUAUCAUGAAGCAAACUUUUUUUUUAUUUUUUUAUUUUUUUUUAUUUAGGUUUUGGCCUAUAGCACUUAUAGGCAUACUUGAAGAGUAUAUGUAGGAAGUGCUGUUAAGCUUCUGCCCAUUAGUGGCACUGGCAAUUUUCUUAAUAGUGGUACCCACCGCCCAAGUGCAUCUUUGGUGUAACCACCUAGAACUUGGGUAUCAUGGUAACAUGAUACCCGCUCAACAAAUGGCAUAGCUUCAAACCGGUACAUGGUGGGAUUCGAAGCUACAUUUGCCCAAUCCCACUCUCAUACUAUCUAUGAAUAGUGUAGCAGAUGAUGAGACAACAAAGUACUGAUAUUUUAUGUUACAUUUCAAUAUUGCUGUUAUUUUCACUUUACUCAGAUGUCCCAAUUUCAAGAGAAUUUUAAGAGUGACAAAAAAAGUAAAAUUGCAGUAUGUUAAAAGUAUUUACUUAUAACUUUAAUUAGUAACAAGACCAUCAUGAUCUAUUAUUCAUUGCCCACAACCAUCUUGAUUCAAUCUUUGUAAUGGUUCCAAAAAUACAAAGGAUGUGACUGCAUUGUCAUUGCCAAGCAGUUAAUAUUAUAUGAUGGUUAUUUAUGUUUUGGAUUUUUUUUUAUUCUUGCAUUAUUUAUUUAUUUUUUUUCAAUUUUUUUGGUUGUUAAAAUUGUGGUGCAUCUUUGAGGGGCAAAGUGUCUUCGAAACUGGAAAAUACUGUAAUUUUGAAAAUGUUGCCUCGAGAAUCUCUCUGAGAGGUUCUUUCUUAUGUGGUCUAAUCAGCUUAAAUGGAAAGUGGGAAGGGUCUAGGGAUGCAAAAAGAAAUGCUGGACAUGUUGUACAAUUGAUCUUCAUCAUCUGUGGUUGGUGAGUUCAGUAAAUCCCUAGUUUAUGAAGGUAUUUUGUUCCAAAGGCAUUUGUGAAGUACUAUAAUUGCAUUUUAUUGGCGCUACCCUUGAAAUUUUAUUCAUUGUCUAUUAACCUGUAAAAUGAGCAAUAGGGUUUCAGUAAUCAAAACUGUGGUGGGCAUUAUAAACAUGUUAAAAAAAUUUAAAGAAUAAACAGAUAAAUAGAAAGUAUUUGAAAAAUAAAUAAUUUUACUAUUAUAAGAUGAAAAAUUUCAUAGAAAAUUGUAGGAAAGCUAAAUAGUAGUUCAUUACUGGAGCUAGCGAGUGGGCAGUGAGUGGUGAGCGAGUGUUUCAGUGAGCUGGUAGAGGGUUGUUGUUGUGGUGAAGAUGAUGGAUGGAUAGUUUUUGUGGUUGGGAGGAGGAUGUUUAAAUGAAAUACUAAAAGUAUGGUAAUAAACAGUAGAAGAUUUACUUAUAAUUUAUGAUCAUCUAUUUUCUAUUUUUACAGCAGGAUACUUUAUUUUUACAUAGCAUAAUAUAAAGUAAAAUUUUCUUGUAUUGCAAUGAUAGGUUACAAGCACUUAUUUGUAAUAUGGUAGGGAGCAUGGAGUUGCCAAAUGUCAUUUCAUGACUUGUGGGAACAAAAUUUAAAUUGCCAGGUUUAAAAAGUAGUCUUCAAUGUGAGUCAUAGUUACACACUGCUUAUCUUAUAAUGCAUGGCACAGUUUAUGUGUUUACAAGAAAAAUCAGUACAGGUACCCACUGAUGAAGGAUGAAAUGAAUAAGGAUGAAGUAGCUGUGCAGUAGAAUGCUGAUGGUGAUGAUAUACUGCACAGUAAAGCAGAGCAUUUAUAGCUCUUCGGUGGGCAUAAAUAAGCAAAAAUAAGUGAUGAACAGCUGAAGUAGGCAUGUUGAUGUAAUUAAGGCUGACACGCAGUGAGGUAUGAAUUGCGGGCCCAUGAGAAGGUGGUGUGGUUUCAUUCUUUUCUUUUAAGCAUCUUUAGCAGCUGAUCAGAGACAAGUAAAAAUAUAAAGGAAGUUUGGCCAAUUGUUUGUCACCUACCAAUACAUCUGGGUAUUUUCUUAAUUCACACCUCAAUUUAGCUAGUAUUUUAUUGAAUAUAGUAACUGAUUUUUCUAUAAUAAAGUGAGGUUUCCUGCAUUGUAGGAAUAAGUUCCAAGGAAAACAAAUAAAAUAAUGUGAAAACAAACCAGUAGUAGUAACUGAAUUGUGUAAAACUAGAGGUUUACUGUAAGGACCUUUUUUUCUCCCACAGAGGCCUAUAGACUUUAGAAGUCAGUAAAUGUUUUAAAAUGAGAUUGUAUACAUGUGAUGCAAUGUCUUGGCUAUCCUGUCUUGGGGAUUGUUGGGACUGAUGGAUUUGUGUAUAUUGGGAGGAAGGAGAAAAUUCUGGAGGCAGCAUAAGAUAUCUAACUUAUGGAAGCUGUUUCAGUAAGAUAUAAGAUGAGAAAUUUCAAGAUAAGAUAUUUAGUAAAAUAAUGUUCUGUGUAGAUAUAUAUUAAAGGUGUGAGAAAACAGUCUCUAAUUUGUAAGGAUAGAAUACUGUGGAAUGAGAGAGAGAGAGAGAGAGAGAGAGAGAGAGAGAGAGAGAGAGAGAGAGAGAUGAAUGAAUGAGUAAGUGCAGGAACAACUACAUUGGAGGAAUAACUGGGAAUAAAAUUGUACACUAUACUGAGCAAGGAGUAAAUUUAAUGUUAGGAAAACUAGUGAGAAGUAAGCAGAGAUAGGAGUGUGUGUGUGUGUGUGUGGUUUUAUAUAUAUAUAUAUAUAUAUAUAUAUAUAUAUAUAUAUAUAUAUAUAUAUAUAUAUAUAUAUAUAUAUAUAUACUAAUUAAAGAAAAAAAAUCUGAAGGUAAAAUUAAUACAAUAUAUAAGAAGAUAAUUUUAUGAUACAUUGGUAAUAAAAAGAUAAAGCCAAACAAGAUACAAGGCAGAGAGCAAAGGUGAUAGCCAGGUCACACCAAGAGAAGCAAACUCGGAUGGAAAUAAGAGACAAGUAACAGAAAUGAGGCUCAACACAGGAUAGAUUUGUAAUGGCUGCCAGUGAGGAUGUACGUAGAAGUUGUGUGUUUCUGAGAGAGAGAGAGAGAGAGAGAGAGAGAGAGAGAGAGAUUAAUAUGAGGCUCAACACAGGAUAGAUUUGUAAUGGCUGCCAGUGAGGAUGUACGUAGAAAUUGUGUGUGUCUGAGAGAGAGAGAGAGAGAGAGAGAGAGAUUGUGCCCAUUUGUCUGCUUGUCUGUCUGUCAUUUGUCUUGUGUUUCUUAUGUCUGUCUAUCCUCUGUUGCCCCUGAGAAAAUGAGUAAUAAGUAGAUAAAUAAAAAAUAUAAUAAGAUACAGAAAAUCUAUGCAUUAGGAUAAGUUUUAUGCUGAAUUGCCUUAUUAGAACUGUAUGUCAUUAGUGUACAGAGCGUGUCUUUGCGAAUGUAUGGCAGAGGUCAUUAAUAUAUAAAAGUAUCCUGAAUAUCCUCAUGUUUUUUUUAGCAAUCUUGCAAGGAAACAAAGAAUUCACAAAGAAAUAUGUAUAUAAAUUGGGAUUGAGGGACCCUUAAGGAGUAUGUGAUAAUCUUGGGUGAGUAUGAAGAAAUAAUGACAGUUUGUUGAAAUAUCAACCUAGAUCAAAAUGACAAUGUAUGUGUUAAUCUAAUAUUCUUACAUCCAUAACAGGUUUGUUAUAUUGAUAGAUGUUUGUUUUGUAUUAGCUCAGAAGAUUGAUUAUGAGUGAAGUAUGCAAUGAAAGAAGAUUGAUUUUAAUUCAUUGCCUGAUUUUGAUAAGUGUGUAAAAGAUAUGUUAUUAAAGUGUGGAAUGUGAAGAAAAAGAGAUGUAUUAUCUUUUUUCCCAAGUAGUAAAGCCUCACUUGUCGGGCUUAUCGUACUGCUUUUGAAUACUGUCAUCAUAGUUGGUGAAAUAUUAUUAUUAUUGUUAUUGUUAUUAUUAUUAUUAUUAUUUAUUAUUAUUAUUAUUAUUAUUAUUAUUAUUAUUAUUAUUAUUAUUAUUAUUAUUAUUAUUAAUCACCAUCAUCUUCGUCAUCAUCAUCAUCAUCAUUAUUGUUUUUUAUUGUCAAUAGAGAUAAUUAGAAAUAUUUGUUUACAUGUAAAUUUCUAUACUCUCUCUCUCUCUCUCUCUCUCUCUCUCUCUCUCUCUCUCUCUCUCUCUCUCUCUCUCUCUCUCUCUCUCUCUCUGCAAAGUAGUAUUACAGGAGUACUGAUUCAAUUAUUUAUGUGUUUUUCUUUCCUUAUAUUCAUUAUACCAUUAUUUUCUUUCAUUCUGUUCCCUCUUCCUUGCCUGUCUUCUGACAUAAUUUAAGAUAAAGUAUUAGUGUAGUAAUAGUUUUCUUUGAUGAUUUAGAUUUGUAGGUGAUUCCAAGAUGCCAAGAUUGGGGAGUUUUCAGAAUUAGUUGUUGUCACCAGGUGACAGACGUCCUAUUCUCAUGAAUAAACACGCUAUCAAAUAUCUGUACAGUGUCAUUCUACAAACAGAGAUCCUAUGAACUGAUAUGAUACAUUUUUUUCUACAGUUCCUUCUAAAUAGUAACACAGGUAAAAUUGAACUCUAUUCAUGAACAAAACUCUAUAAGUUUAUUCUAUAGUGAAUUGGCAUUUAGAUUUAUUUAGUCGUCUCCUUAUUUCCAAACAAGUAAACCCUCAAUCAGAAGUGCAUUGAUUCAGAUGACAGUAAAUAGGAAGACAACAUGCCUGUGCCAAUUAAAAGUCCAAGUUAUGUAGAUCAACUUUCUAGAAUAUGGAAUCAACAAUAUUCUAAUUAAGAAGAAUAGGCAACUUAAGUGUCCUAGCAAGAGUUGUUCUUUUUAACCAAAACAAACAUCUGGCUGGCCUACCUUAGUUGAACUUAACUAACACAUUGUUAGACUAUCAGUUAAUUCCUGCUGCAGUGUCCAUGCCACUAUUCCAUAAGGAGGAGGAAAGCUUCCUGUAUUUCUCUCUUGUCACUCCAGGGCUGUUCUAAGAGGUGUUUGUUUUGGUGCUCAAUUUCUUUGCUGUGUCAUUCACGUUGUGAAAGGGAUGGCCGAAUUCCCCAUGAAGAUAAUUGUAUCCAUAUAUCAUGAUGUUACUGAAUGUGUUAGGUCAUACUAUAUAGUACAUUCAGAUUUUUUAUCUUUUUCAUUGUCUAGAUCAGGAGAUUUUAGGUUUGUAAUAUGCUGUAUUUAAGAUAUUGAAAGUAGUAUUACUAGAUAAUCACAAAAAAAUAUUUGUUUUGACCAACUUCUCCAAAAUCCAAAAUCCAUAUAAGAUAUUUAAAAGUCAAUACAGAAUGUCAAUAGUAUCAUAAUAAUCAAUGUUCUAUAUAUAUGUAUGAUUUUAGGAUUUACUACAACAAAUUUUAGGUCAUGUCACUAGGGGACAUGUAGCAGCAGUGACAUCUGGUGGGUUAGUUCUGAAAACUCCAUAUUCAGUUUUUAUCCAUGUAAAUCAUUCAGUAAUAAAGCAUUGCACUAUAUUAUACAUUUUGAGAAUAUUAUUUAUUUGAUAGCUCUUUUAACUUAUGAUCCAUAUUGUUAAUUAACCUUAAUAAAGCUUUGUAAUUCA